CGGAGGGGCGGGACCGCGGGGUGCGGAGCCAGGGAGCGCGGAGCCGGGGCCCGGUAGCACCGCCCCCGCCACCUCCCGGCCUGCCCACCCCCCCCACCCCCGUCCGCCGCCGCCGCCGCCGCCGCCGCCAUGAGCUUCUUCGGGUUCGGGCAGAGCGCCGAGCUAGAGCUGGUGCUGAGCGACGCCGAGAGCCGGCGGCGGGUGGAGCACAAGACGGAGGAGGGCAAGAAGGAGAAGUACUUCCUCUUCUACGACGGCGAGACCGUGUCCGGCCGCGUCGCGCUCACGCUCAAGCACCCCAACAAGCGCCUGGAGCACCAGGGCAUCAAAGUGGAGUUCAUCGGGCAGAUCGAGCUCUACUAUGACCGAGGGAACCACCAUGAAUUUGUGUCUCUGGUGAAAGACCUGGCCCGUCCUGGCGAGUUCACUCAGUCACAGACAUUUGACUUUGAAUUCACGCAUGUGGAAAAGCCUUACGAGUCUUACACUGGGCAGAAUGUGAAGUUACGGUAUUUCCUCCGAGCUACUGUCAGCCGCAGGCUAAACGAUGUGGUGAAGGAGAUGGAUAUCGUUGUGCACACACUCAGCACUUACCCAGAGCUCAAUUCCUCUAUCAAGAUGGAGGUGGGGAUUGAGGAUUGCCUGCACAUUGAGUUUGAGUACAACAAAUCCAAGUACCAUUUGAAAGAUGUGAUCGUAGGAAAAAUCUACUUCCUGCUGGUGCGGAUCAAGAUCAAACACAUGGAGAUCGAUAUCAUCAAGAGAGAGACAACAGGGACUGGACCAAAUGUUUACCAUGAGAAUGACACAAUAGCUAAAUAUGAGAUCAUGGAUGGAGCCCCUGUGAGAGGGGAGUCCAUUCCAAUCAGACUCUUCUUGGCGGGCUAUGAGCUGACACCAACUAUGAGGGACAUCAAUAAGAAGUUCUCGGUGCGUUAUUACCUCAACCUGGUGCUGAUAGAUGAAGAGGAAAGGCGCUACUUCAAACAGCAGGAGGUGGUGUUAUGGCGAAAAGGAGACAUUGUGAGGAAGAGCAUGUCCCACCAGGCAGCCAUCGCCUCUCAGCGGUUUGAAGGGACGUCCUCCCAUGCUGAGGCCAGGACCCCCAGCCAACCUGCAGAGAACAACAGCCGGCAGUGAGAGACCUAUGGAACGAGGCUGCUGCGGAACCUGAGAUUCUGGAGCCAGUGGCAGCAGUGAGGGGAAAAGAAGAUAUUUCAGAGACUUACGACAAUAAAUAUCCGUUUUUGACUUAAUUCCUUUCUUCAAAGGACCAUGGGGGUAGGGUGGGGGAGGGGGCAACGUGAGCUACAGCAAUGACGGCACAGAGUUGAAUAUACCCUAGUGCUCCCUAAUUGACUACAUUCCUCUGGGGUCACCUGUUUUUACGUGUGCAGGAGUCGUGGGGCUAGCUGGCUUCCUCUUUGCCACAAAACCUCCCAUCCCCCACUUCCCACCCCCUUCAGCCUGGCAGUAGGGAAGGGGGAGCGUGGAAGGGAAAUGGGAUUUCUUCUCCGUGUUGUGCAUGUGGUUUUGGUCGUGGAGUGGAAUUUUGCUGCCAUCUAGGAGUCUUGGUGUGGUGAGGAGGAGGGAGUGUGGCAGCAUUUUAGCUGCAUAAUAAGGGUGCGAAUGAGCAAGUGGGGAAGGAAGCAGUUUCAGCUGAAGGCGUAGCCUGCUAUAAAUUGCUUUGGUCCCUGUUUUUUCUUCCCCUUCGCGCUUUUCCUGGACUCUCUGCUGCAAACGGGUAUAUAACGGUUGUUGAAUCAGCCUGGUGACUAGAGCAGAGCUGUUGCCUUGUGGAGCACAGCAGGUGUUGCGUCCCUCUCUUCGGAGCUCUGGGAUACAGCACGUUGUUGAGGGGGUGUGGAAGGUCAAACACGAAACGCCCAGGCAGCUGACGGGUGGUGGAUGCUGGGUAGUGCAGCGGCUGAGGGAAUGUGAGCUAGCAGCAGCUGAAUAGUGAAUUUGGGGGAAACUGCUCAUUGCUGAAAAAGCAGAGUCGGUAUUGUCUCUUUUGGAAGCUCAGGCUGUUGGGUGUGACAGUCCUCGUAUUACAGCCAGCCUCGGACAUCUAAGUCCUGGGAAGUGCUUUCUGCGAUAGAUCACAGUACUACAGAUUCCAUGUACUGCUGUGUGCGCUGAAAUGGGAAGCAGUGCAGUCAACUCCAUUUGUACAAGGGAAAGUGCUGCAGAGCAAGUGGUUGAGGAAUUGGUGCUGUUGCCUGGGAAGCUGCUUGUGCGGGAGCAUUUCCCAUCUAGUUCUCCCUUUGACUUAUUUAUCUGAGUUCAGCCUUAGGAUUUGCUGAGGUCAAAACCUCUUCCAAGUUGAGAGAAUAGGAGAUUUCAGUGGGCGGAGGAGGGUGAGGAUGCUGGUUGCAAAGUUUAAACACCUGCACGUGAAAGGCUUGCUGUCUGCUCCCUUGAACUGUGGGGCUGGGGGUUGCUGUACCUAGCAAGUGUGGAUGUCAUUGUUCAAGUAGAGGCCUUUACAUCUAUUAGGUCACAACAAAUCAGUGGUCAGUGUCUGCUUCCACGCGGAUGAGUGAUGGAGGCCUGAUGAGAAUGAGUGGGAGUCUUUUGGGCCUGCUAGCUGAGGAUCAUGUCAGAGGUCGCUUCGUGCUCUCAAAUUCCAUUUAACUUUGGGAUGGGGUGCGGAGGGCUGUUGCAUUGUGAGAAAGUUUGUGGCAGAGAUUAAGUCCUCCUUUAAAUUUGAAGUGGCUUUUUAAACUUGAUUGACUGCAUUUGGAAAAUAGCCAUCCUUUUGAGAUGCCCUUCCAGGAAGCAGGUAUUAUAGCUGUCUUCCAGCAGAAGGACAUGAAAACCUGAACUAAAUUUUGGGACAUUAGUUCCCGCAAAUGGGAUCUGCACUGAUGACUUCCCCUGUAGUUUUGUAGCUCAUUGGGGUUCUGCCUGGCUUGGUUUUGAAUCUAGAAUUUCUUCUGCCACUGUCUGCUGGUUGGAUACAGAACCUUUUUCUUGCUGCUGGGAAGUUAAAGCAUCUUCAACCUCAGUUUGUCAGACAGUGCCACGGUGCCUGUUGUGGGGAGUGUGGGAUCUGGGUGGGAGGGGGAGAUCUUUAUGUAGUAAGAAAGCUGCUGUAGUUCAGUGAUACAUGUGUGUUCUGCUUGCCAAAGUGAGUUAUUUUUCACUCAUCCAUCACGCGUAGAACUACGGUUCUUAACCUAGCUGGAGAGUCCUGCCCUGUUGCAGAAGACACUAAUUGCCUCUUCUCUGCUGUGAACUAUAGUGUCACGCCAUGUUCUGCUCUGUAGUAGUGAAGGUGUGUGGCUUACUCUGCCUCUUUAAGUGAGAAGUCUGUGCCGUGGGCUGGAACUAUGGUCUCUUUUCUCAGCCUGAAAUGGAGACUUGUACAGGCAACUGCCUUAUUACAUCGGGAAAGGAGACAGCAGCAUGCUUCGGGACUCAUGUACCCAAGGAACUUGUCAUUCCUUCUGACACUAAUUUAAUGAGCUCCUGCCCCUGGGGAGGGAUAAAGGCAUGCUGUGGUAAUGCAUAAUGAGUUGGGAUCAGGUGAUACUCCCUUUGGGAGCCACUCUGGGUAGCAGACUGAGGCAAGCACAGCAAUUAUUUUAAAUUUAAGCUAUUUAAAACCCUGACCCUCCCUCUUUACCUCACUUUUACCCAGCCCCAGAACAGUCCUCUUUUUGCUUGCUUCUCUUGGUCGUAGUAUGCAUUGUGCUGAGAACGCUCAGUGGAUGAAGUUGUGGAUUAGGUGAGCAGUUUACUUACUGUUGAAACUCAAUUGGUGGUGAAUGUGAAAAUUUGGUCUGAAGUUGCAGGUUGCGAUUGUAUAUUUUUGGGUGGGAGGGGUGGUUUAGCAGGGAGAGUUUCAGAGGGGUUUGCUCAUCACUGUUGGAGGGGUUUAGCCAGGGAGGAUGCAUGGACCAAGUGUGUUUUUUCUGCUGUCUUUCCUUUGCCCCCACCUGUGGCCCUGGUUGUAGGACCAGAAUUCAGAGUCCUUCCCCCCCAGUUUGUUUUUACUUUUUUCUGAUUUGAUCAAUUGACCUGCCUUCCAGUUUGCCCACUUUGCUGGGCAUGCAGGAUACUGUCUCCUGAGGACAAAGCUGGAAGCCUCUCAGGAGUAGCAAUGUUAACAUACAAGGCCAGUACAAGACACUACAGAAGAGAGAGUUAAGAGAGAAGAAAGGGCACUAGUGCAGUGUUUAGGCAAAUCCCACACUGGGGAGGUGGUAGAUGAUGCUUUGGUUGUUCCUCUUCCAGAGAUUUGCACUGGGUGGGGGAAGGGGGCAAGGAGCGUGGAGUGUGUAGGUACUAAACCAAGCAGUGCAACUUGUAAUUAAGCCUCUGCCAUGUUUACAUGUUUCUUAAUUCGUUGUCUUUUCAAUGACUGUAUUUUAAAAUUUGGUUUAUGUCUCUCUGAUUAAAAGGCCAUCCUGGGCUUUCAAAUGCUGUGCACAA